UUGUUGGGCAGAAAACAGCGCGGCUCCUUUAAGAGCGCAACACGCCUCGCUUCAGAACCGACGCUCCACUCCACUCCACUACACUACACUAGAGUGGCAUUAGUGAGUGCCCAGGAUACCGAGCGGACGCACACGUGCAAGCACACAUAUACAUACAGUACAUGCAGACACACACAUCAGACAGAGAAAUAUAGAUGGAAUUAUAAUAACUAUGGAAUACCACUGGGUUCUGCUUCCUGUCUUGUUACAGUUUCUCUUCAGACCAGCUUGUUUGUCAGUCAUAUGCCAGGAGGAUUCAGAGGACAAGUUGCGUGACUUGCAUAAACCAACAGUGAAAGGCAGUACCCGGCCCAUAAUUAAACCAGACGGAUCCCAGCUUGCAGUGCAGCUGAAUGGCAGACUCAUCCUUUAUUGCCAUGGUGAUGCACCAGUGCGUUGGCUACGGGAGGAUCGUCCAAACCGGAUAUUAAGGGAAGAGCAGAGGAACCACAGCCUGUCAACCAUCAAUGUGACCACUGCGAAGUCACACCAUCAGGGCAAAUACAUUUGCUUGGAGGAGUCCUCAGAUGAGAAGCGCUCCAUUUAUGUGUAUGUUACUGCUUUCCUCUUAGCAGAUCCUGACAAUGCCUUCAGGAGGUCCAUCAUCUCAGACAUCAUGGCCGGGGCAGGUGAAACUACUUCUAUCCCCUGCCUAGCCACCGACCCCAGAAUGGUCGACCUGCAUCUGGAGACAUGUGAUGGACGUCCACUGCCCACUGGGAUGAGGUACAGCGCUAGCACUGAGACAGGCAUUUCCAUGGUGAAUGUCCAGCCCACCUUCAAAGGAUGCUAUGUCUGCGUGGGAAUUCUGGGAGAGAAGAUGGCCCGAUCUAGGGAAUAUAAGCUUAGUGUGCGACUGGUUCCAGAUGCACCACCUCAUAUUUCACUUCAGGAGCGUGACAGAGUGUUCCUAACCCAGGGCCAGCAGCUCACGCUCAACUGCUCCACUUCCAAUGUCAACAGUGACAUCAAGGUGAACUGGUUCCCACCAGUUGGUGUGGACGCAUCUGUGCAGCAAAGCUCCCAACUUUUGACCGAGCCAGUCCUGCACAAACGCACAGCCACCCUCAGAAUAGAAGCAGUGACAACACGGGAUUCAGGAAGCUACCGCUGUGAGGCAAAGAACUACAAAGGGACUAGUGCUGAGACAGUCUGGGUGAAUGUCUACAGCAAAGGAUUUAUUAACUUGACCCAUGUAGCUAACAGAACAUGGAGAGUGCGAGAAGGAGAAAGUCUGUCUCUGCAUGUGGAUAUGGAAGCCUACCCUAAACCACGUGUCUUCUCCUGGAGCUACAAUCGAAAAAAUCUCACUAACACAACUGAUCAUGUUAUCACCACACACUCACAUGAACACAGUUAUCACAAUCAGUUAAAGCUUGUACGUUUAAAAGUAUCAGAGAGCGGUGUCUACACUUUUCUGGCCUCCAAUGGUGAUGCUAGUAUCUACCUGACAUUUGAAGUUCAUGUCCUAAGUAAACCAGCAAUUGUAUCUCACGAAGGUCCGGUUGAUGGGCAAGUGCGUUGUGUUGCUGAAGGUUAUCCCCCACCUCAGAUCACAUGGUACUACUGUGACCAACCCCAUGCCAGGUGUUCUAAUUUGUUAAAUGCCACACAAGAAGAGGAUGAUGUAGUCACUGUUACCAUGACUAACCCACCCUUUGGGAAGGGAGCGGUGGAGAGCCGCUUAAACAUCACCAAGAACAAUUACCCCACCCUGGAGUGCGUGGCUUCAGCUGAAGGCGAGAUUGUCUACACAUUAUUUUCCAUCAGCGAACAUAGUGUUGCUCAUGAGCUUUUCACUCCAUUGCUGAUUGGCUUCAUUGUUGCAGCAGUCAUCCUUUGCUUCAUCCUGUUUGUUCUCGCUUACAAGUAUAUACAGAAACCAAAAUACCAGAUUCAGUGGAAAGUCAUUGAGGGAAUCCAUGGCAACAACUACGUUUAUAUUGACCCUACCCAGCUUCCGUACGACCACCAGUGGGAGUUUCCACGGGACAGGCUGCGAUUCGGCAAAACUCUUGGCUCAGGAGCAUUUGGGAAGGUGGUGGAGGCGACAGCUUAUGGCAUGUCCAAGGCGGAUACGGUGAUGACUGUAGCAGUCAAAAUGCUAAAACCGAGCGCUCACACCACUGAGAAAGAGGCUCUGAUGUCAGAACUGAAGGUGCUAAGUUACCUUGGCAACCACAUAAACAUCGUCAACUUACUGGGUGCCUGCACUGUUGGAGGUCCAACUCUGGUGAUAACUGAGUACUGCUGUUUUGGUGACCUGCUGAACUUCCUACGCCGAAAGCGUGACUACUUCUGCUGCUCCAGAGUGGGAGAAGACUCUUACUAUAGAAACGUCUUGUUAUAUCCAGAUUUAGGUGAAGGUAGAAACGGCUAUAUGACUAUGAGGUCUUUGGCUUUGGGAGUUCAGUCCACUGAGAAACGUUCUCUACCUAAAGGUUCUGGCUCUUACACUGACUGUGAUGUGUUCAGUGAAGUUCUGCAAGAGGACGGUUUGGCUCUGGACACUGAAGACCUCCUCAGCUUCUCUUAUCAAGUCGCUAAGGGCAUGGACUUCCUGGCAUCUAAAAAUUGUAUUCACAGAGACCUGGCAGCCAGAAACAUCCUCCUCACUCAAGGUAGAGUGGCCAAGAUCUGUGACUUUGGACUUGCCCGUGAUAUCACUACUGACUCCAACUAUGUGGUUAAGGGAAAUGCCCGUCUGCCAGUGAAGUGGAUGUCUCCCGAGAGUAUCUUUGAGUGUGUGUACACGUUCGAAAGUGAUGUCUGGUCUUACGGCAUCUUGCUGUGGGAGAUCUUCUCUCUAGGGAAAUUUCCUGUUUGCAGCAGCACAGUGGAUAGCAGAAGAGGACAUAUCAAGCCAUACAAGUAAAAAAAUAUAUAUAUAUGUUAAAAAAAUGUGGUAUGGAUAAUGGAUGGAUACUAAUUGCUUUGUGACUAAACAGAAAUCAGUAGAUGUUUGAAAGCUCUUUUGGAGCCAUGAAUCAAUAGCCAUGCUUGUGUUGAAAGUAAUAUCAAGGGGCUUUGUUGUUGUUGUUGUUGUUGUUGUUGUUGUUGUUUAUCAUGAUAUAUUUUGGUUUGUUUCUUUUUCUUUCUGGGCAGUAAAAAGUAAUUCAGUAAUUACCAUCAACCUUGAUGAAUCUGAAUGGAUCUCCAUCCAAUAUCUAUGUAUAUACACUCACCGGCCACUUUAAUAGAAUCUUGAUUCUAAGAUUCCUGUUCUUGGCUGCAGGAGUGGAACCCAAUGUGGUCUUCUGUUGUUUCAUGCUGAGAUGCUUUUCUGCUCACCACAGUAGUAAAGAGUGAUUAUAUGAGUUACUAUAUCCUUCCUGGCGGCUCAAACCAAUCUGGUCAUUUUCCUCUGACCUUUCUUAUCAACAAGGCAUUUCCACCCAUAGAACUGUCGCUCACUCAAUGUCUUUUUGUUGUUGUUGUUUUGUUUUGUUUUUCACACCAUUCUGUGCAGAGGUGGACAAAGUACCCAACUUCAUUACUUAAGUCAAAGUACAGAUCCCACUGGUCAAAUGUUACUCAGAUACAAGUGAAAGUUGUCCAGUCAAAUUUUUACUUAAGUCAAAGUACUGAAGUACUUGCUUUUAAAAAUACUUGAGUAUUAAAAGUACAUUUUCUGUCAAUGCAUUGUUGUAUUAUUGCCAUAAUGCUUGCAAAACCUAAUGCCGUUACCAAAGACAGAAAUGUGAAUUUGCAAAAUGAACACAUGCUGUGCCAUCAUGGUGGUUUAACAUUAAGCUACCUAUGCCGCUUUUCCACUACAAACGCGGCUGAGCCGUGCCGUGCCGAGUCGAGCUGAGUCGAGCUGAGCGGGGCUGUUGGAGUUGCAUUUCGACUACAACCGCGCUGAACCGUGCUGGCUGGAAGUGGGUGGACACAUUGAGUGGAGUUAGCGAAAGUGGGUGGACGUCACGUGAUGUCGUUAAGCAGCGCAAACAGUGACAUCAGUGACAGUGGCGGAA